AUGGAUUUCUGGUCGCGCUUAUUGAGCCCUCUUUCAUCUGGGGGCUCCCGCAAGGACCUCGGACAGGAUCCCGCGAAACGACUGCAGCGAUUCGAGAAACAGUACAGCCGCUUAUUAAACGCCUGGAGAGCGUCAUCCAACCUGUCUCGCGAUAGCGACGCUGCAGAAACCCUGGAGAUCCGCCUCCAAGAGCUCACCAACAUCCUCAGCGACGAGAGUCGACGACCGCUACCGCAUCCGUGUAUUCAAUACUGCUCGAUCAAGCAAAUCUACGUUCCCAUCGGCAAGAUCGCCACGACCUCAUAUAACGAAUGGAUCAUUAAGGAGGCUGUCCUUUUCUUUGCGACUUUGAUCGAAAGUGAGGAGGAAGCCUUUGUCGAGAACCAGACCUUCUCCUCUAGUCUGACAAACCUCCUCGUACGAAUCACUGGGUUAAAUAGUGUGCGACUGGGCCUCGAUACUGAGUCGCGCGUCGUCGAGCUUGCCUUCAAUAUCACCACCAAGAUCCGGCUGGACCCAAGUAUCCUCCCAGCAUGGUUCAAAACUCAUCGCGGUGUGGCGCUCCAGAACAGGGAGAAGGACGACAGAAACCGCGACACCUUUGUUGGAAGGACCCAAAAGGCCGACUUUCCUCUUUUCUAUAUCCUCAUGGACUAUAUUCAUCAUGAGGGAAAAGUAGGCGACUUUGCGCGGACAGGAUUGCUCUACAUUAUCGAAGCAGCGUCAAGUUCAGGACCUCUGGAACAAUGGAUUGUCGAAAGCGACUUGUCGACGUUGAUGGCGACAGGUCUUGGCGCCUUGUACAGCCAGCUGAGUCGCAAACUGGUCGUUGACCAUCUCCCUCAUAACCUGCCCCCUAUUCUCGCAUUUUCUGAUUACGAACACCCUACAUCCAACUACGAAGUCAUUAGCUCAUGCUCCCCCGAGUUUCAAUCUCACCUUGAAGUUUUCCUAUCUCACCUAUUGUUCUGGCAAGAUGUCUUGAACCACUGUCGAUCGGUUGAGGUCAAGUCGACUCUGUUGGAGCACUUUCAAGUUAUUUUCUUGCAACAGUUAUUAUACCCAUCGCUGCUUGAAUCCUCUGAUAUUGACGGAGGUUCGUCAGUAGCUGUUUUGACUUAUCUCCGCCGUAUCCUAGAAUCACUUGACCACCCUGACAUGAUCAACCUUAUCCUCCACUACCUCUUGGCACUACCUGAUAAUAUCGCCUCUGAUGGACCUGGCUCUAGCUCGUCUGUCAGUAAGGCUCGCAAACGAAAGUCAAUGGAUCUGGCCACAAUGUUGGCGGAGAGGGCAGAACCAGCUGCAACCCCUCUGCUCUUCAACCUGGUCGAUCUUAUUCUCGCAUGUUUGAGAUCACGGAACCAACAAACGAUUCAUGUUACGUUGCAAUUGGUGUCGGCUAUUCUCAAGCGACAUCAUCGUUACGCCAUUGUCACUCUUCUGAGGACUGAUAAUGUUCCGGUUCAAAAUGCUACCCGAACUGUCGGUGCUCAAGAGCAAGAAGUAGAAUUUUUCAUGUCGUUAGCAGGGACAAUAGGUGGCGAGGAUGAUUUUGAUGAAGUGUAUCAGCUUGUCCUUCGAGAUACUAUGACUAAACUUGAAGCUCAUCCUUGUUCGCUGAAGCUUGUCGCACCCAGGGCGUCUACGAGUAACCAAAGGCUGCCUGACAGUCUUCCUGGAGCACCCAAGGAUGUUGGGGAUCAUACCCUUCGUCCAGACGACCCUCUUCUCAAUUCGCUAUUGGAUCUCCUGGAGACGUUCUUCGUUAAUCAAGUGGAGACAAAUCUUUCUGUGACAGAGACGCUCGUUGACUUGGCUGUCUGUGGUUUUAUGAAGAUUGAGGGAUGGUUGACUCGCAAUCCGAGCUCUUAUAUAUAUGAUGAUGCCGUGAAGGAGACACAUACAGCUGAAGGAGAAGAAGAAGCUACAGAGAGUGACGAUGACGACGACUUGGGAGAUCUGCCAUCUCCGACAGCAGAACAAAAACAAUUCCGAGCUAUGGAACAAUGCCGCCAACGACCGCAGUGGUCUCAAGCUUCGUUACCACGUGUUUUCAGUGUUCUCAGACGAUUGGAAGAACAAGUAGCUUCCUACAAGAGAAGCAUUCCCCACUUUGACGAGCUGGUGCAACAAAGACGAGAUGCAUUCAGAACUGCGGAUGCAAUGCUACACCAUGCGGGUCCCACGCCAAGGCCUACCCCCAUCAGUGAAGACCCCCCUGACCGACGCAGCUUUGAAGAGCCGUCACGCAGCACUUCUCCUUCCCGGCCGUCGGCACUGGAAGGCCUAGCGCACCGUCUCCUGUCCGAACUGGGAACCCCAAGCCGCGCCAGCAGCCCGCGAGGACGUAAGGAGCUUGGCCGUGCGCCUGGCAGUGGAAAUGCGACCCCCGGAAAAUCUGGUCUGAGUUCUUCAAAGGAGGCGUCUCUUAGCCGGGGACGAGGCACUCCGGUGCUGAGCCACUCUCCGGAGAGGAUACAGGGCACUAUCGACCCAACGCAGAAGGCCAGGGAGGAGGUGCUUUCUCGACAGACGGCUGAGUUUGCAACUAUGGGCCAAACUAUCCUUUCUAAGAAGGUGGGAUUACCGCAAGUCGAGGUUGAGCCUGUUUCUGUCAAGUCUGAUGUUCCUGUUGAGUCUGGUAAAGAGCCGGUGCCAGAACCGACCGCAACUGUAGAUGGACCAGAGCCUAUUGAAGAGGCUCCCGCUGAACAGGAUGAUGCAAAGAAGGAUGAGCCAGAGCACACUGCUGAGGUGCCCAGUGAACUGGAUGAUAAGAAGAAAUAUGAAACAGACGAUUCUGUGAUGGAAACCGCAGAGCAGCCCCCUGCCGAAGUUAAAGAGGAUGGGGAAACAAUGCCUGAAGGUGUCGAGACCGAGACUGAAGUUCAACCUUCAGAGGCCGAACCUGCUGAGGCUGUGCCUGAACCGGCUGAGCUGCUUAAGUCUACUGAGACUCACGAUAAAGAUCCUAAGACAACUGAGGCUCCUGAGGAAAACGAGCCUAUCAAGGAGCCUGAAAAUGAGGAACCAGUGGACAAAGAGCCGGAGGUCAAUGAACCUGAGACCAGUGAAUCGGAGGUCAAGGAGCCAGAGGUCAAGGAGUCAGAGACCAAGGAGUUGGGCGAUGAGGAGACAAAGGCCGAGCAGUCAGAGAUCAAGGAGUCUGAGACAGAGGAGCCUACAUCAAAGGAUCCCGGAGCCGAAGAGGAAACCGAGGCACAGCAACAACCUGAGGCUAAUGACACUGAAAUCGAGAGCCAUGAAGCUGAGGAGCCUAGUGAUGAGCCUAGGCCUGAGACUCCUCGACCAAAAUCCCGACAGCAAACUCUAGAGCCAGAAACUCCGCAGCCACGAGUGCAAAAAGAGAACACAACGACUGUAUCAGUCUCUCACGUUGUCACUAACGUGAUCAUCCUGCAAUCUUUUCUCUUUGAGCUUGCUGCUCUCAUCCAAGUCAGGGCAGGUCUAUUCGACGAGGUACGAUUUGUGUAA